CCCGGAAGUAAUACGAACAAUUUGUUGCGUGCAGUGUAUUUUUGUCCCGUUAAUUUUGAGGAGGACAUAAUAGGGUUCAGUACUGUACCUGUGGUUGUAUUCAUGAAGGACUUUUACCAGAAGUGUUAACAGGAACCUGAAGCAGUGGAGACAUGGUAGGCUAUGACCCCGGGGCUCAGGCUGCAGCCCUCACCCCAGAGGACGCAGCCCUGGCUGGGUCAGCUGCUGGGUUCAUCACCCGCGCCCUCGUCAGCCCCCUUGAUGUGCUUAAAAUCAGGUUUCAGUUGCAGAUUGAGCGUGUGUCAUCAAAGAAGCCUGAGGGGAAGUAUCAGGGAUUAUUUCAGGCGUCCCGCUGCAUCUGUUCAGAGGAGGGACUCUCUGCUUUCUGGAAGGGCCACGUCCCCGCACAGCUCCUCUCCAUCACCUUCGGGGCUGUCCAGUUUGCCAGUUUUCAGUUUCUGACAGAGGUGGUCCACAAGACGACGCAGUAUGACAGCCAGACAGCAGGAGUCCACUUUAUAUGUGGUGGUUUGUCGGCCUGCUCUGCUACAGUGGUCUGCCAGCCUCUGGACACACUGCGGACACGCUUUGCAGCUCAGGGAGAAACCAAGGUGUACAGGAACCUGCGUCACGCUGUGUCUACAAUGUGCCGCUCAGAAGGAGUGCUGACAUUUUACCGCGGCCUGUCUCCAACGCUAUUGGCAGUGUUUCCAUACGCCGGGCUGCAGUUCUUCUUCUACAAUGUCUUUAAGAAACUGUUGACUCCACCAUCCAAAGGUGGAAGCUGGAGAGGGCACCUGGGAAGCCUGGUCUGUGGCAGUGGAGCCGGGAUGAUCAGCAAAACGAUGACAUACCCCUUUGACCUGUUCAAGAAGAGGCUGCAGGUCGGGGGCUUUGAGGCUGCCAGAGUUCACUUUGGACAGGUGCGGAGUUACAGAGGCCUGGUGGACUGUAUGGUUCGAAUAGCCAAAGAGGAAGGCAUCCGCGGCUUCUUCAAAGGCCUCUCGCCCAGCCUUAUGAAGGCGGCGCUGUCAACAGGCUUCACCUUUUUUUGGUAUGAAGUUUCCAUAAAUGUCAUGCGUAACAUGAAGGAGAGACGGAGAACAAACAGCCUCACCAAAGAGCUGAAGGAAAGAUAGUGAAGGGAAAAACAAUCGCACAGUCACGCACAUCCCAAACGGACUCCUGCCUUCUUCUUCUUCUUCUUCUUCUUCUUCUUCUUCUUCUUCUUCUCUAGCACUAACAUUUAUCAUCCGGGUCGAUGUUCGGUGGUGGUUUUUCAUUGUGUUUACAUCUAAGAACGGGAAAACAUAACCUCAUUUUAUUUGUGUUUGUGCUGUUGUCACACCUUGUGUUGUACAAGCUUUUAUUUUAUUUUUUGAACAUGUAUUUAAUAUUUUAGCCUGAUUGUCUGAGGGAUGCUGACGCUUGCUUUUAAAGGAUACGUGUCAUUAUAACAUUUUAUGGUCAAACUGAACUUUGCACAUUUUAAGCUCUGACUUUUAUUGACGAGUCACGACUCUGCCGUUGUUGACUCACAUUUUCUUGACACUUCAGUAAGUAUUCAGCGAAAUUUGGUUUGAUUGUGUGGUUGUCAGCAUUUAGACAAAAACAUGAACACUUAUGUAAUAUUUAUUUUAUUAUGUACUGUGGUGACCAAAACAGCAUCCUGUUGACUGGAGGCCAAAGUGCUGAGUUUAACUUUUCAAAGUGGCUGGGGUUUUGCCGACAUGUCUGUCCAACGCUGUAACUUUCAGGUCAUUGUUUUUAAAAUAAAAGUUUUUAUAAAAA